AUGAACAACCAAGCCCUCCCGAGCAAACCAGAAACCACAGUCGGUCCCCCGCCCGACCCAUCCCCCGACUCCUCCCAAGACGACCUCCCCACAACCAAAACCAAACCCCCCGCCGCGGCCACCCGACACGGCCUCCCCCACUUCCCCGCCACCAUGAACGCCUACGGCCAGUGGGGCAAGAUCCGCAGCUUCAACCUGUGCGGCGCGGCCGAGAAGGACCGGCUGUGCCACGUCGAGGUGCACACCGGCUACAGCGGCAAGCCGCCCCUGGGCACGCGGCCCGGCGUGGUGCUGUACGAUGGGAGGGACGGCAAGGCGCCGGUGCUGGCGGCCGCGGGGUAUGAGUCGUACCGUGCGGCGAGCAGCUAUGGGUUUGAUGGCAGGAGUGUUGUUAUGAUGCCGGCGUUGGCGGUGGCUGGGGGUGGGGGUGGGGGUGGGGGUGGGGUUGAGGAUGGGGGGUUGGUGGUGGAGCAGAUGCCGGCGAUGGUUUGUGGGGGGAGGGUGGUGUUUGUGUUUGAGGUGGAGGUUGGGGCUGGGAAGAUGGUGAGGAGGGAGAGGUUUGGGUGGUGGAAGGUUGGGAAGGGGACGGAUGAUACUGCCAAGGACGGCGGGUUCAAGUUGGUUGCGUUGCCGGCGUCCCACGAGGGGGGUUUGUCUGGUCAGGGGAGCACGGCUUCGGAUAUGCCGGGGGACGCUGAUAGCGGGGAGGUUCUGGCGUUUUUGACGUGGCGCAGGUUGUUCCCGAAGUUCAAGCACGCCUUUACGCUUGAAUUACUUGGGCAGGGUCAGUCGGGCGAACUGGGAGAGCGAUGGAGUCUCAUGGUUGUUAUUACGGCGCUGCGCAUCUGGGCGCUGCGCUUGAACGGGAAGACGAGGACAGGCGUUAUUGCAGCAGCAUAGAAAGCUGAGGGUAAUUGAACGGCGUGCUGUUUGUUAGCAGUUGCAAAGGAACCCGCCGCAUUCUUGGUCCCGCUGUUUAGGGUGUAAGAAAACAUCUGGGUGGUUGUGGCAGUUCCGGAACCCAGCGGCAUCUGGUGAAACACGGAAGGUAUGCGGUCGGGGAACGGGGAAGCGCUGUUCUGGGGACGCUGUAGUUUGUCAACGUUAUGUCGAAACCGUCGUGGCGAGAUCAGAUCACAAGAAGGGAUGCGAGGGUCCCUUCAUCGUGUAGGAGAUCC